AUGGCUAUCUUUCUCCCAGAUGAGAUCUGGAGACAAAUCUUUUCACACUUCGAGAUGGUCCUUCAUGACGGUUACCGCAACCUUGAGCCCCUUAAAAAUCUCACCGCGCUGAGCCUUGUAAGCCGACGAUUUCAUCACAUGGCUCAGAGUCCGCUAUACCGAACAGUCCUACUCUGGGGACUGAAUGAUCUCUACUUUGGCGAUCGCCACGAACUUUAUCUUCGCCUCGCUAAGGCCCUUGCCAACAACCCUCAGCUUGGCUUGUCGACCCGGGAGAUUUCCCUCGCGCAUGGGAAUCUAUCAAUCCAAGAUGAUAUCAUGGAUCUUCUUGGAGAUCGAAUUGAGUCGCUCAACAUCUCUUCAGAGUCCAUCGAUCUACUGAAACGCGAUAUCAUCUUUGGACGGAAAGGAUCUGGCGUUGCGAGCUUCCUCCUUGCGUUGAUGCCACGUGUGCGAUUGGUGGAACUAUGCUUAUACAAUGAGACAUCCUUGGCAUUACCAUACCUGCUUGGUGGACGGCUCAGCCAAAACACGGGCGAGCCACAUACUGUUGCGAACCAUCUGCACAACCUACAAGAGCUUCGCAUCACGGCUGCGCAGGGGCAGACCUGCGAAUACAUUGACUGUUUCGAGUCAAUCUUCCUUCAUCCGAACCUUCGAAUUCUUAAACUAUCCGGGUUCGACCUGACAGAAGACAAUAUCAUGGAUACGGAAUGGCCGGAUUACCCGUGCAAUUUGCGACAGCUAAAUCUCGACAAGUGCAUCGUGGAUGCGUCAACCAUAAGAGACGCCUUAUCCUGCUGCAAAAAGCUUGAGAUUUUUACCACCACCGCCGGUAGUUAUGAUACAGCCGGCGAUCUUCUCUACAGAGUCUGGAAAGUGGACUUGAACGAGUUCGGAGACGUUCUUAGAGAGUUGGGCCAAAACUUGGUCAAGUUCGAGCUUGACACGUCCGCUUACCGACGCGUUCGUGAUGCGGCGGGCAAGAUCGGGUCUCUUCAGAGCUUGAAAGCUCUCACGCAUCUCUCAAUCGCUAGGAACGACUUUGUUGGUGCAGAGGACGACCCGAGCGCAAUCCCUCUGGCCGAAGCCUUGCCCACGUCAAUUGAGGUUAUGGGUUUUAAGGAAGAUGCAACCAAUUCCCAGUUGGUACAGGAAGCAUACGAGUACAAAAAGAUGCAUGACGAGAUGUACGGCCUGGCAGUCGGUGGUCAGUUCACCAGCUUGCGUGAAAUCACGCUGUUGAGGCAGGGGAUCCCUGAAAAACAUAGAUUCGAGAGGGAAGUUCCUGGGUGGGAUAUUGAGGACACCGACUGGCCUGUCGGUUCAGCAGUUGAGAACGAGUAUUACACAUACAUGGAGCUGUGUAUGAAGCGAAGGGAUGACGGAUCUGAACGGGUGCAGAAUGUAUAG